AUGUUUAAGAAGGGUGGUUUUGUCCUUUUGAGACGAUGGACUCACGAGGGCGCCAAGUCGGCUAACAGGGCAAUGCAAUUUCCAUGUCUCGAUAAGCUUGAACAAGUGUCAGCUAGUUUACGAGAAAAAUCAGCCAAGAACUCCAGUUCAGCGUCACAUGCAGGUAAUAUACCGUCGAAUGAACCAGUUUAUGGGAAAGUUCAGUCUGGAUUCGAACUUUUUAAAUCUUCACAGCCUCUCUUUCUCGACUACGGUGGUGUUCUACCAAGCUUCAACAUUGCUUACGAAACUUGGGGAGAACUGAAUGCAGAAAAGUCAAAUGCGCUUCUGAUACACACGGGACUGAGUGCUUCGUCGCACGCUCGAUCCUCGGAUCGAAAUCCUCAGCCAGGUUGGUGGGAGAACUUUAUAGGACCAGGAAACAAAACAAUAGAUACUGACCGGUUCUUUGUGAUAUGCACAAAUGUUCUUGGAGGAUGCUAUGGCUCUACAGGUCCUUCAUCUCCGGACCCUGAUGAUGGCAAACCCUACGCAACGAGAUUUCCCAUGCUUAGCGUCCAGGAUAUUGUUAGAGCACAGCAUAGGCUAGUGAAGGAUCAUUUUGGUAUCACUAAACUCUAUGCUUCAGUCGGUAGCUCCAUGGGUGGUAUGCAAUCGCUGGCAUAUGCACAACUUUUCCCAGGUGACGUCGAAAAGGUGGUUUCCGUAUCUGCUUGUGCGCGCUCUCACCCAUCUAGCAUCGCAAUGAGGCAUGCACAGCGACAGGUUUUGAUGGCUGAUCCGAACUGGUCGCGAGGGUUUUAUUAUUCCUCCGCCGAACAUCCAGAGAAAAUACCGCCUCACAUAGGGAUGAAACUUGCACGAGAGAUUGCUACGGUCACCUACAGGUCUGGGCCCGAGUGGGAAUCUCGCUUUGGAACCGAGCGACUUGACGACGAAAGAACACCAACUCUUUGUCCUGAUUUUUUGAUAGAAACGUACCUUGAUCAUCAAGGCGAAAAGUUCUCACUAGAGUAUGACGCAAACUCAUUUCUCUACUUGUCGAAAACAAUGGACCUCUUUGAUCUUUCACGGAGUCACUUCGAGAGAAGUGCUAGAAGGAGAAAGGAAAAUUCUUCCUUUUAUGGAGGGCAGGAGGUACAGAAACAGUACUCAGAUGAGCCAUAUCCGGCGUCGAAAAGAAGAAGAACUACAACUUUGGAUCAAUCACGGAAGGAUUUAAAAGCAGGUUUGGAGCCCUUGAAAAAUGUUCGGCUGCUGAUAGUGGGCGUGAAAUCAGAUGGACUUUUUCCAUACUGGCAGCAACGCGAGAUCGUGGAGCUGCUCGAUCAAGCACCUGCGGUCAAAUACGUGGAACUCAACGAGUCGCAGUCGCUUUAUGGGCACGACACAUUCCUCUUAGAUACCCAAUAUGUGGGAAAAAGCAUUGGUGGUUUCUUAACCGAGGGGUACUAA